AUGACUAACCACACUGAACAGUCAGACUUUAUCCUGGUGGGGCUCUUUGGCCAAUCAAGACACCCCACUCUGCUUUCUGCAGUCAUUCUUGUGGUUUUCCUGAUGGCCUUGUCUGGAAAUGCCACCCUGAUCCUUCUGAUACACUCCGACACCCACCUCCACACCCCCAUGUACUUUUUCAUCAGCCAGUUGUCACUUAUGGACAUGAUGUACAUUUCUGUCACUGUGCCCAAGAUGCUCUUGGACCAAGUGUUGGGGAGCAACAAGAUCUCGGCUGCUGAGUGUGGGAUCCAAAUGUUCCUCUACCUGACACUUGGAGGUUCAGAAUUCUUCCUGCUGGCAGCCAUGUCUUAUGACCGCUACAUGGCCAUCUGCUAUCCACUCCGCUACCCUGUCCUCAUGAACCAUAAGGUGUGUCUCCUCCUAGCAUCUGGCUGCUGGCUCUUAGGAUCUGUGGAUGGUUUCAUGCUCACUCCUGUCACCAUGACGUUCCCCUUCUGCAGGUCCAGGGAGAUCCACCACUUCUUCUGUGAGGUCCCGGCUGUAAUGAAGCUCUCCUGCUCAGAUACCUCACUCUAUGAGACACUUAUGUACCUGUGCUGUGUCCUCAUGCUCCUCAUCCCUGUGAUAGUCAUUUCAAGCUCCUAUUCCUCCAUUCUCCUCACUGUUCACAGGAUGAACUUGGCAGAGGGUCGGAAGAAGGCCCUUGCCACAUGUUCCUCUCACAUGACUGUGGUCACUCUCUUCUAUGGCACUGCCAUCUACACGUACAUGCUCCCUGGCUCUUACCACACCCUUGAGAAGGACAUGGUGGUGUCUGUAUUUUACACAAUACUCACGCCACUUUUAAACCCUCUCAUCUAUAGUCUUAGGAACAAGAAUGUCACGGAGGCUCUGAAGAAAUUGUUGGGUUGCAAUCUCUCUUUCAAGAAACACUAA